UCUUCUGGCGCUCAUCUGACUUCAGAUGUUGAGCUUUGAUCACGCAGAUGUUUGCUGUGUUGACUUUUGCAAAAAUGUUCCCACGGUGUUUUACACUGUUCCUGCUCUUCGCUCUUGUCACACUGUGUCUGGCAGCUCCACUUCCUGACAGAAGUGCAGCGCUGCUUGCUCAUCUUAAUGGAAAAGCGACAACACAACCUGUGACAUCUCGACCAGCGCCUGAGUCAUACGACACAUCACAUUCCCCGGAUGUUGAUGAUUCCCAAGAAGAAGGCGAAGCACAACCAAAUGUUCAGGACAACAACCAAAGAGAACUUGAAGUUCCAGAAUAUGCAGAAUCACCAGAGUCUGUGGAAACAGCAGAAUCCGCUGACUCACCAGAGUCAGCAAAAUCACCAGAGUCUGCGGAAACCCCAGAGUCAGCAAAAUCACCAGAGUCUGCGGAAUCACCAGAGUCAGCAAAAUCACCAGAGUCUGCAGAAUCACCAGAGUCAGCAAAAUCACCAGAGUCUGUGGAAUCACCAGAGUCAGCAAAAUCACCAGAGUCUGUGGAAUCACCAGAGUCAGCAAAAUCACCAGAGUCUGUGGAAUCACCAGAGUCAGCAAAAUCACCAGAGUUUGCGGAAUCACCAGAGUCUGCGGAAUCACCAGAGUUUGCAGAAUCACCAGAGUCUGCGGAAUCACCAGAGUCUGCGGAAUCACAAGAGUCUGCAGAAACUCCAAAGACCGUAGACUCCGGAAUCAUCCCAGAAUCAUCCGAGUCGCUGGAAUUGCCUAAACCCCUAGCGUCAGCUGAGUUCCCAUCAGAGUCGAGUUCUGAGGCGGAUGAGGACAACAAGACAAGCAGCGAAUAUGAGCCCGAGUCUGAUGCAACCACAGCAGACAUGGCUGAUAAUGGUGAUGACAAUGACAUGCUUGAUUUAGAGGAGGGUGGCGAGGUGGGGCUUGAGGUGGUAGAUGAGGACGAGAUACAGGUGGAAGACGGAAGAGCGAUACCAGAAAUAGAUUUGUCUGAGGAGUCAGACCUGAUGGAAGGGGCCUCGGAGGUGAUCAUAGAGGGAGAAGAAACCUCCUCUAAGGAUGGUAAUGCUGACAGCAGCAGAGGCACCAUGGAGGAAAACAUGGAGGAGCAGAAGGUUCAAGAACCUGAAGAGAGCUCCCAAGUCUUUGACUCCACUGAAGCAACUCUUAUUAACCAAGCAGACUCUACCCCCCCGCCGCAGAUGACACAAGUGUGGGACGGCCUCAGUGGAAUAAAGUGCCCUGACAACAGCAUUGCCUUUUUGCUUGGUUUUAUUUGGUGUGUUUGAUGAAUCAACAUGUACAUACAGUAUAUUCUGUGCUUACUGGUCAUAGGGAAAGUCACAUAUGCAAAGAAACUGAUAAUCAAAUAAACUUUCAUUCCCCGAUUGUUUGGAUUCAUUGUUUAUUAUGGACAUGAACACCUGCUUCUAAAUGUGGAGUUGCAGUCUGGUUAGUUGAUUCGGGAACAACCAAAACCAGGCCCGCAUACUCACUUCUUUUCAAGGCUCUCCUCUUUGAGAUUCCAUUUAAGAUUUGGUUCUUAAGUUCAACUCGGAAUGAAAAGUGUACCA